CAGAUACAGUGUUCUGUGCAACCGUCGGCAUUUACCUUUUACUUCAACAUGAAACAUAUCAUGAAGCAUUUCUCCUCUGCAUCUGCUUGCCCAAAGAGUGAUCACUCUUCAAAACAUUCAAGUAGCUUAUCCUCAUCCCAUCUUGGAGGAUCCAGCUUCUCUCAACAUGGAGGAUUCCAAAUGUCCACUGGAGGGUCUUCACACAAAUCCCAGCAUGGGGGAUCCAAUUUGUCCUACCAUGGAGGUUCCACCAUGACCCAGCAUGGAGGGUCACUCCUCUCCUGCCAUGGAGGCUCUCAUUUAUCCAACCAUGGAAGUUCUCAAAUGACUCACCAUAGAGGGUCACAUAUGUCCCUCUAUGGAGGCUCCCGAAUGUCCCACCAUGGAGGGUCUCAUAAGUCCAAUUUUGGAGGCUCAAACAUGUCUAACCUUGGAGGCUGCCAUAUGUCCAAACAUGGAAGUGCCCUUCAAGGCAGCUCUCAUUUAUCUGCUCAUGGAGGCUCCUAUCAUGGAGGCUCCAGUAAGACCUCUUGUGGCACUCACAGUGUUCAUGGUGGUUCAGGCAGUAAAGGGGUUUCCUUUUCUAAACAUGCUUCCAUCAGUCACGGGGGAUCACAUAGCAGCCAUUUUAGCAGCUCUGGAGGCCAUGGUGGUUGGAAGAAAAGUGGUCUGUUAAGCAUCAAUGAGAAAGAAACCAUGCAAUUUUUGAAUGAACGACUAUCUUCCUACCUAGAUAAAGUGACCUCUCUUGAACAGGAAAAUGCCCAGCUGGAGAGGAAGAUAUGUGAGUGGUAUGCAAACAAUGCACCCAGCUCAUUACCCGACUCAAGCCAGUAUCUCAGGAUAAUUUCUGAUCUCCAGAAUCAGAUCUCAAGUGCCACCAUGGAUAAUGCCAGGAUUCUUCUCCAAAUAGACAAUGCCAGACUGGCUGCCGAUGACUUCAAGAACAAGUUUGAAAUGGAACGUCAGCUAAGUAAUGGUACUGAGUCAGAUGCCAAUUGCUUGCGCAGAGUACUGGAAGGACUGAAUCGGGAGAGAAGUGAACUAGAAAUGGAAGUUCAAAACCUUCAGGAAGAACUUCAGCAGAUGAAGAGAAACCAUGAGGAGGAGGUGAACUGUCUCCGUGCACAGCUGGGAGCCAGAGUCAAUGUUGAGUUAAAUGCUGCCCCAUCAAUCGAUCUGAACAGGGCAUUAUCCGAAAUUCGAGACCAGUAUGAAAAUCUAAUGGAAAAUAACCUGAGAGAAACAGAAAACAUGUUCAUUCAGAGGAGUGAAGAACUGAACCGUCAGAUUGGGUCUGGGGCCGAGCAGCUGCAAUCUGUACAAACGGAGGUCAUUGAACUGAAGCGUAACCUGCAGACCCUGGAGAUUGAGCUACAGAGUCAGCUGAGCAUGACAUCAGCUCUGGAAUGCACCUUGGCAGAGACACAAGCAACCUAUGGAUCUCAGAUUGCCCAGUUGCAAAAUAUGAUCGACAGAGUAGAAUCUAAAUUGUCUCAAAUCCGAUCUGACCUGGAGCGACAGAACCAUGAGUACAAGAUCCUCAUGGACCAGAAAACCCAUUUGGAAAUGGAAAUUGCAACCUACAAGCGCCUUCUUGAAGGCCAUGUCAUUCAACAGGUCACAGCUUUAAAAAUAAUCCCCCUAUAUCAUCAACCAUAUGGCACAAGAACAGACAGAGGUCAUGACCCAUUAGAAGGAAACAGAAGGGAACACUAUAGAGUAUUGUCUAAAGCGUUACCUACAGCUGGCACUGACACAUUUAACAGAGGUGCAACUAUUAAACAUGAAGAGAAUUUUGAACUUGAAUAUUUUAAGAGAUUAAUGGGAAAACAAAGAAAAACAUCCUUUAAAUUUGAAAAAUGCAGAAGAAUGAAUGGCACGUCGCUACUCGGCCGAGGAGGCAUACACCAUUCUGGCAGUGAUAGUGAUACUCUGCAAGACAGUGACACUAUCACUGCCUCUGACAUUGAGACUAAGACUGACUCCUCUAGUGAUGGGGCCCCACCACCACCAACAAGAGGAUGCUCAGCAAGCCCAAUGCCAGCUGGAGACUGGGUGCCCCCAAACCUGAUGGCCCCAGAUAUUCCACCAUUUACGGCGACCCCUGGCAUCACUGUUAUGGUGGAUGCUUGGGAGCCCCUAAAAUAUUUUGAUUUGUUCAUGUCAGAGGAAGUAUUUCAGUUAUUGGUUGAGCAAACCAAUUUAUUUGCCAACCAAUAA